AAAAGAUGUCCAGUUCCGUAUGAAAUGCGUCUUUGGCUGGAGACCUGAUGAGAUGACGUCCAGUGAGAGGCGGCUUCCCCUCCUCUGCUGUCAUUAUGAUGGGCCUUGUGAUGAUGCAACCGCAAGCACAAAACUAGCAGCUGGACGGACUUCUUGGUUUUUUAAAUCACACUUGCAAAAGAGGACAGAAGGACUACGCUAAACUAGGGUCAUCCCCUGUGAGUGGAAAUGGCUGCAGAGCUGGGGGUAGAAUUCCCAGCAGCCCUGGGUGGCCUCCAUCACCAGAUGGCACUAGAGGAAGGUGUGAAUCCGGGGGUGAAAGUGGAGCAGCAGGAAUGGCCAGGGAUGAAACCAGAAACAGAACUGGAAGGCACAGAGGGCCCCUCUCCUACUGCCCAGACGGUGUCACUCAGGCAGCCUGUGAGCUGUCCGGAGCCACAACUCAUUAAACAGGAACCGGGAGAGGAGCUGUCAUCAGAACAAUGGGAAACCCAAUGGUUGAAGUUCCUCAAAACAGUGCAGACCCCUCUCUCUGGAGAGGGAAACCCAGAGCUGCCAUGGGGUGAGAUUCCGACUUCUGUGCUUUCCUUUGAGAGGGCAGGGGAUACCAGCCAGUGUGCCAGAGAAGAGACUGGGAUCAGAUCCCUACCCGAAACAGCAAAGCAAGUCAAUUUCAGGCCAGAAUCCGCAGGCGGGAGCGACCCCGGGCAGCUGAAAGAGAUCAAGAGGGAGGACGCCAGCAGCUGGGAGGCGCAGCGCCUGCAUUUCAGGCAGCUCCGCUACCGGGAUGCCCAGGGGCCUCGAGAGGUUUACUGCCGACUCCGGGAGCUUUGCCAUCAAUGGCUGAUGCCAGCGUGGCACACAAAGGAGCAGAUCCUGGACCUGGUGAUUCUGGAGCAGUUCCUGGCUGUCCUGCCCUCGGAGAUGCGGAGCUGGGUGAAGGAGCGAGGUUCUGAGAGCUGCUUCCAGGCCGUUUCCCUAGCAGAGGAUUUCCUUCUGAGGCAGCAAGAGGCCGAGAAACCAGAGCAGCAGGGACUGGCGACCGUUGGAGAGGUGGUUGUACAGGUUGCUGAAAGGGAACUCUCCCUGCUGGAUCUGGGCCAAAGAGCUGAGCGUAAGGAAGUCGUGCAGGAGAAUGAGGAAAAUGGGGCAUCUACGGACAAGACGGAGGUGCUCGCUGUCAAAGGCCGCAACCUGGGUUUGGAGGUGUGUCAACCAGUUCUGGAUGGGGUUACACUCCUCCUGAAAGACUGCGUUCACAGCUUGGGGGUGCUUCUGGAUCCGUCGCUUCCAAAUAGAAGUAUAGCUUCCAAAUCACGUGAGUUUACAGGAGCAGAGACAACGGUGAAGAAUUUACAACAGGAAGGCCCCAUGUCAGAAGACGUACCAAUGGCUUCAGCAGAAAGAUCCCACAACAAUAUGGCUUUCCAAAAUGUGGCUGAUGAAUCACACGAUGUGUGGGAAAGAGCAAAUGAUGGUGAGGAACAUCAGCUGCUGGAGGAAAGUGAUGUGUGUCUAGACAUAGAAGAUGUUGGGUGUCAAGAUGGAAUGAGGAAGAAGGAGGGAAACCAAAUGGAUGAGAGGAAUGAACCUAUUGCUUAUUUUGAUGUUGAUUUCCAUGAAAUUCCAGUCCAUAAAAAGAAACGCAAAGGACAAAAAAAGAAUGAGUGCCCUCCAUAUGAAGAAAGCUGUGAUGAUAAAUCGAGCCUUAAAAUGCAUUUUAAAACCCAUGCAGGAGAAAAAUCAUUUUCGUGUCUGGAGUGUGGAAAGAGCUUCAGUAGGAACUCAGAACUUAAUAGACAUCAAAGAAUACACACUGGAGAGAAACCCUUCAAAUGCCUGGAGUGUGGAAAGAGUUUCAGUCAAAGCAGAAACCUCACUUCACAUCAAAGGAGCCACACAGGAGAGAAACCGUACAAAUGCCUGGAGUGUGGAAAGUGCUUCAGCAAUAGUGGAAUUCUCACUACUCAUCAAAGGAGCCACACAGGAGAGAAACCAUAUAAAUGUCUGGAGUGUGGAAAGUGCUUCAGUCAGAGUGGAAUUCUUACUGCACAUCAAGGAAUGCACUCUGGGCAAAAACCAUUUCAGUGCCUGGAAUGUGGAAAGAGAUUUCGUCAGCUCAUUCAUCUGACCUCUCAUGAAAGAAUCCACACAGGAGAGAAACCGUUUCAAUGCCUGGAGUGUGGAAAGAGCUUUCGCCAGCACAUUCACCUUACCUCUCACAAAAGAACCCACACAGGAGAGAAACCGUUUAAAUGCUCAGAAUGUGGAAAGAGCUUCAGUCAGAGCUCACACCUUAUUAGACAUGAAAGAACCCAUACGGGAGAGAAACCGUUUAAAUGUCUGAUGUGUGAAAAGAGCUUUGGUCACAGUUCAGAACUGGUUAGACAUGAAAGAACCCACACAGGGGAGAAACCAUUUAAAUGCCCUGAUUGUGAAAAGAGCUUUAGUCGGAGCUCAGAACUUAUUAGACAUAAAAGAAUUCACACAGGGGAGAAACCUUAUAAAUGCAUGGAGUGUGAAAAGAGCUUCAUUGAUAGCACAAACCUUAUUAGACAUCAAAUAAGCCACACUGGAGAGAAACCAUAUAAAUGCAAUGAGUGUGGAAAAUGCUUCAGUCAGAGCAGAAGCCUUACUGCACAUCAAAGGACCCACACUGGAGAGAAACCAUUUAAAUGCCUAGAGUGUGGAAAGUGCUUCAGUCAAAGUGGGAUUCUUACAGCACAUCAAGGAAUGCACACAGGGCAGAAGCCGUUUAAAUGCCUGGACUGUGGGAAGAGGUUUCGUCAACACAUACAUCUGAUCUCACACAAAAGAAUCCACACAGGAGAGAAACCAUUUAAGUGCAUGGAGUGUGGAAGGAGUUUUCGUCAGCACAUACACCUCACUUCUCACAAGAGAAUCCACACGGGAGAGAAACCGUUUAAAUGCAUGGAGUGUGGAAAGAGCUUCGGUCACAACUCCAUCCUUAUUUCUCACAUAAGAACCCACACGGGAGACAAACCAUUUAAAUGCCUGGAGUGUGGAAAGAGCUUUACUUGGAGCACGCUCCUCAUUAGACACGAAAGAACCCACACAGGAGAGAAGCCAUUUAAAUGCCUGCAGUGCGGAAAGGGCUUCAGUGAGAGCUCACUCCUCAAUAAACAUCAGAGACGUCACACUGGGGAGAAACCGUUUAAGUGCUUGGAGUGUGGAAAGUGCUUUAUUUCCAGUACGCUCCUCAUUCGACAUCAACGAAUUCACACAAGGGAGAAACCGUUCAAUGCCUGGAACGUGGAAAGAGCUUCAGUUGGAGCUCAGAGCGUAUUAGACAUGAACGAAUUCUCAGAAGGGACAAUGCCUGACAAUGAGGAGGAGGACGUGAAACCAUUUGUCUUGCAAUAAGCCUCAAUUGGCUUCAGCAAUUAUUCAACAUGGGGGACUCCCGGAAUAUUUUUUAUGCUGUAGGAAGAGGUUCAGUAAUAAUUCAGCUUUAAAGUCUGUAGGAGUUCACCGAAUGGGAAAACAUGAACAUUCUUGUAGCGGGAAAAGAACAUCUGUAGUAGCAUCAAACUCACUUCAUCCCCGGGAAAUUGGGUGGGGUGAAGUGGGGCGAAACUACAUCAAGUGGGGCGGGCCAGAACUAUAUAAAGGCUCCAUCUAUAUGGGUUUCAACGAGAUUUUCAUCUGCGCCGUUGUAGAACUGCCCAUUUUUUCCCCAGGCACUGCAGACGCCUUGUGUCCUUGAAGAUCUGUAGUAGAGUGACGAAACUCCACGAAUCCAUUGUGGUGGUUUUAGAAAGGUGUGCAUUUCCUCUCGGGUAAACAAAGAACCAGUGUUUUCAUGUUAGGCGUUCGGCACGAAGCAAAGCCGCCUCUCGUUGUGUGGAAGUCGCAACCACCAUAUCUCCGAUGUCUUCACUGGCUUUCCUCCCCCUGUUUGCAUUUUUCAAAUCCGUCCUCAUGGGGCUGGUCGGUAUAAG